UCGGUGUCGCUGCCCCUGCCCCGCAUCCAGGUCAUCAUGACGAGCUCCCCCGAGGUGACCAGCAUCAACCAGGAGGCGCUGGCGCUCACUGCCAAGGCCACGGAACCCUUUGUUCAAUAUGUCACCACCUAUUCCUACAGACAUGGCAGUGGAAAAGAAAAGGAGGCACUCACCUCCAGUGACUUAUCAAAUACUGCAGAGGAGCCAGAAGCUUUUCAGUUCGUUGCAGAUAUAUUACCAAAGAAGAUUUUAGCUAGUAAAUAUCUGAAAGUGCUUAAGGAAAAGAGGGAAGAAGAAGAGGAGGAGAAUGACAACAACGAUGAGAGUGAGGUCGAUGAAAUGGAAUUCUACCCCCCAAAAAUCAGCCUGGUGAGGACCCUCCUGGAUUAGCACCUUGACUCUGAAGCAGGCCUUAGUCUGCCCACCCCCCAGAGACUUCACGUACAUUAUGUUCUUUCCUGGCUG